CCAGCCCUGCUGCGGGGUGCUGGCGGCAGCCCCGGGCUGAGGUGAGGAGCCCGCUCCCGGCCAAGGCGUUGGCAGAGCGAAGCUUUGGGGCGCUGGCGUGCCUGUGCCGGCUGGAAUCGGGAGGCUGCUCCUGCCUCUGCCAAGUGCCAUGCCGCUGAGGUCAGAGCGCGGGCUUGAAAACCGAACCCACCGGCAGAACGGGAGCCGGACUGCCCCGGAGCGGAUGUCCGCGCCUGGAAGACCGAGCUCGGUACCAUGGCAGAGGCUUCAGGGAGUCCUUUGCCCCAGCCCAUCGUGAGGAGGAAAAAAAGCAUAUCUAUUGAGGAAAAAAUUGACAUCAUAAGCGCUGUGGAGAGCGGCAAGAAAAAGGCAGACAUCGCGGCCAAAUAUGGCAUAAAGAAGAACUCCUUGUCUUCAAUUAUGAAGAAUAAAGAAAAAGUUCUGGAAGCUUUUGAAUCUUUACGAUUUGAUCCUAAAAGAAAAAGACUAAGGACUGCUUUUUAUACUGACCUGGAGGAGGCACUGAUGAAGUGGUAUAGGAUUGCUCAGUGCCUGAACGUGCCGGUGAAUGGUCCGAUGUUGCGGCUCAAGGCUAAUGACUUUGCCCAGCAGCUGGGACACAGUGAUUUCAAAUGCAGUAAUGGUUGGCUCGAUCGUUUUAAGUCAAGGUACGGUUUGGUUUUCAGAGCUCCACCACCUGUAGAAGCAGCUGCUUCUACUGCAGUGGAUGCUCCAGCUCUUUGGUACCAAAACGUUCUCCAUUGUUAUUUAAAUGAUUAUCAGCCAAAAAAUAUAUUUUAUAUACAGGAGACUGGAUUGUUGUACCAGAUGUUACCACACAACACAUUUGCCUUUAAAGGGGAAACUUGUUCUGUAGGUAAACUAAGCAAAGAGAGAAUAACUGUAGUGGUGGGUACAAAUUUGGAUGGCUCUGAGAAGCUUCGUUUGCUCGUUAUAGGAAAAAGCAAAAAUCCACGCUGCUUCAAAGAUGUGAAGUCACUCCCUGUAGAUUAUGAAGCAAAUGAUAGGGCGUGGAUGACUCUGGAAGUGUUUGAACAGUGGGUGCAUAAGCUUGAUGACAGAUUUCAAGCAGAGCAGAGACGAGUGGUUAUUCUUGUUGAUUCUCUCCCUGCUCACGCAGAAGUGAAGAACCUGAAGUCUGUCAAGUUAGUGUUCUCUCCUCCAGGUGCUUCUUCAUUUACAGCUACAAAACAUGGAGCUGUCAGAAGCCUGAAGGUAAAAUACAGGCGCUGCCUUAUCAAGAAAUUUGUUGACUGUGUAGAAGGUAAUAAAGAGUUUAUGCUGACUCUUCUUGAUGCAAUUGAGAUGUUGCACCUGUGCUGGAGGACAGUGACACCAGAGACUGUUGUAAAAAGCUACAAUGAAACAGGAUUCAAAUGGGAAGCCAAUGAAAAUGGAAACCACAGAGAGGAUGAAGGUGAUUUCGAUUUGAUUGCACAUGCUCAGGCAGCUGGAGUGGAGUUCCCAGAAGGUUUAUCUUUGGAGGAAUAUGCAGCUCUAGAUGAUGGCUUGGCAACUUGUGAAAUGCCCACAAAUAAUGAAAGGAUGUAUGUCAAAGAAAGCACAUCAGAUAAAGCUGGGAUGUUUGUGGGUGAUGAAGAUGAGGAUGAAGGUGAUCGAUUUCAAGGAGCUCAACAGCCUUUACCAUCAAAACAUGAGGCUCUGAGUGCUUUAGAUACCCUUCGAAAGUUUCUCAGAAGCCAAGACACAAAUGAUUCUCUUCAUGAUUCCCUAGCUGAUCUGGAGAAUUUUAUUCAACAUGUAGUGUGUAAAUAA